UGGAGAACGGUUCAGUUCAGAGUCGGACGUCCUCCGUUGCUCUUCCUUCGAUUCUCUCUGUCUCUCUUUUUCUCUCUCCUCUCCUCUCCUCUCCUCUUCCAUCCCCUUUUUUUUUGUAUCUCCGUUGCUCGUCCAAGGCUCGUUAGCGGUCGCGAGAGGACUCGUGCGAGCAAUUACCGCGAUUCGAAGCGAGCCGUUGCGCAAUCAGGCCGCAGCGUUCGACUCUGCAUCGCGACGCGUGCUCUUCUACACGGUGAGAGAAAGAACGUGCUCGGAUGUCUUGGGACGACGUUAUCGACUCGACGUAAACGAAAUUCAUCGUCGAGCGGAACGCGAACGCGACGGAACGCCGCCGAUUGGAACUAUCGCGACCAUGGAUCAUCCUUUGAACUGAACUCGGAUCGGUAAUGCACUCGGUGCUACUUGAACACCUUGUAUUACUCGCGGCUGCUAAACGCACAAACGCUUAAUAUCGGCUCGGAACGACGGAUGCACGUUUACUCGAUGAAGUCACUGGCGAAACAGGGAUCGACGAAACUUCUAUGGUUCAUCGAUGGACGAGGAAAUGCCGCGGAUUAAACGAAUGACGAUUUACUCGACAAAUGUGGUGUGAACGCCGCAAAAUAAUUUAAUAGCGAUUUACGCUUCGAGACUCGAGCGUGUAAUAUUAAGCGAUCGAGAGAUAUUUGUACCCGUUACCCCGUGAUCGAGCGUGUUAACCAUCGACUUGUACAGUGCAAGUUUAGUUGCGUUACGCGAACAAGAUACCUUUAUAGCGGAAAUUUCACCCUGGAUGCGCCAUUUGUGCGAAUUAAGGAAUAAACGACAAACCGAUAAUCCGUUGGACGAAGUCGAUGUCCUGCUCCAUGCGACGAUAAUCGAUAAAAAUCUGUCUGCGAGAAUAUUACAUUAUAGGUAGUUACGUCGUUAUCGUUCAAAAUCGAACUUUGGCAGCGAUUCACUCGGAUAAUAUGCCUUAAAUAAGUGAGAAACGAUAAAUCUAAAUCUGGACGAAGGCAUUGCACCGCUACGCGAAACGAACAUCGAUCAGUCUCUAAUUAGAGAGAAGUAUCUUGGAUUUUUAUGAACGCUUCGAAUAUCGUGUGAAUUGUUCUAAUUGCCUUUUAACAGGGAUUCAUUUAAAAAGGCAUUCUAUAAGCCCUGUUAAUUAUCUUAGAAACGAAUAUGUACUGCACGAAGUCGAUGCACUGUUUCCAUAAAACAUUCUAUUAGCAUUGUUCGCGGCUGCUUAGAGAAUCGAUUAAACGCGUCGGAUCGUCUUUGAAGUUAAAGAGCAUCUGAUAAGCGUGGAAUCAUAAAGUGAUCCUGCAAAGUCGAAAUCGAUGGUUUUUAGCCGAAAGAAUCGUUGGGAGACGAAUCGAAGCAAGUAUCGAGUCUAGUAAACGAGUACUUCGGAUGACAAUUAAUAUCUGUUCGAAAGAUCGAUACACCGUUCCUCGAGACGGAUAUCGACAAGGUUUUAGCUAAUUCUGAGCUGACUCGACUUUCAAUUUAACGGUACGCUUGCAUCGAGCGUGAUGAACGUACUUGGUAUUUAGAAAUGGUACAAAAACAUCGAUGCACUGCACGAUAAAAUAGAAAUCAACGAUUUUUCUGUUUGUAAAACUCGUAGAAUUUAAUGACUCCCCGUGAGACUUAAAAGUGCUUUAGCAUCUACGCUUCGAGGAAAGAAACAAGUGAACAGUUUCGAUGAAACAAAAAUCAAAGUUCGCUCGUGACGUAGUCGGUGUUCUGCCGAGGAGAAGAAAAAGGGAGGAAGACUGCAUCGUGUGGGAUUUCGUGACCGUGAAUAAAAUCUGCUCGCGAUGUUGCGAUUGUUAUUUGAGAGGGAAAGCAAAGUUCACCGAAGGGAAACGACGAGAAAUGCGGGAAAUUAGGGGUAUUCAACUGGUGACCGAGAAAGGCGACACGAAACGCUGUGAACAAUAGUUAGCGCGCUAGUGAAAAAUCAGUGAAAUACGGUGAUUAAAUUUUGCCGGAAAAAUGGCAUUGAUGGCGCCGAGGAACAGCUCGCCCAUCAUUCGGGACAAAGAGAGCAUCCCAGCUUACGAUAUCAAGCUGGAACGUGUGCUCGGCGUAACCGUGUCGAGCAAUGCAGCCCUGGACUGCGAUGCAACUAGCGAGCUGGUCGCGUAUCCUGCUGGAUGCACCGUGGUGCUGUUCAACCCUCGGAAGAACACUCAGGCCCACGUGUUGAACGCUUGUCGUAAAACCGUGACAUCUUUAGCGCUCGCUGGCGAUGGCAGGUUUUUGGCGACCGGCGAAUGCGGUCACAUGCCGAAUGUUCGUGUCUGGGACAUCUCCGAUCCGUACAAUGCGGUGCAGAUCGCUGAAUUUUCCGGACACAAAUACGGCAUUAACUGUGUGGCAUUUUCACCGAGCAACAAGUACGUGGUGUCCGUGGGCUCUCAGCACGAUAUGAUCGUCAACGUGUGGGACUGGAGGAACAACGUUAAGGUGGCGUCGAACAAAGUGUCGAGUAAAGUGAAGGCCGUCUGCUUUGCGGAAAACGGCAAUUACUUUGUCACCGUGGGCAACAGACACGUGAAGUUUUGGUAUCUCGAGUAUUCGCGCAGUGCCAAGUAUAAGGAACCUGUGCCUUUGAUGGGUCGGUCCGCCAUAUUAGGAGAGCAAAGAAACAACGAUUUCGUGGACGUAGCCUGCGGCCGAGGGGAAAUGGCAGACUCCACGUACGCGAUCACCAAAACAGGCCUUCUAUGCGAAUUUAAUAACAGGAGGUUGCUGGAUAAAUGGGUGGAGCUUCGUACAAGCAGUGCCAAUUGCAUGGCCGUCGGGGACAAGUACAUCUUCAUCGGCUGCGCGGAGGGAAUCGUCAGGUGUUUUAGUCCUAGUACGCUUCAAUUCAUCACCACGUUACCGAGAACGCAUUACCUAGGUGUCGAUGUUGCUCAGGGAUUGUCCAUUAGUCACAUGUCUCAACAUCCAGCGAAUGCGAGGUAUCCGGACGCGAUCGCGCUAGCGUUCGACGAACAGAACAACAAGUUGACCUGCGUGUACAAUGACCACAGUAUCUACGUGUGGGACGUCCGGGACAUCAGACGGGUCGGAAAAUCCCAUUCGUUCCUCUACCACUCCGCGUGCAUAUGGGGCGUGGAAAUGUAUCCUACGGGAUCGGAAUCCGUGAACGCGAUGCCAGCCGGAAGCUUCAUCACCUGCUCCAGCGACGAUACCAUUCGGGUGUGGAAUCUCGAGAAGGAGGUGUCCUCGAACGACACGCUGUACAAGCGGAACAUUUACAGCAACGAGUUGCUCAAAGUGUUGUACAUAGAUCCAGAGUUGACUUACCUGAAGGAUUUGGACUUGGCCGCAGCGGGUUCCACGGAGAAGAGCGACGCUUCGUACGACGGUCGAAACGGGGUUAGAUCGAUCAGGGUCAGCCCAGACGGCAAACAUCUAGCUUCCGGAGAUCGAUCGGGAAACAUUCGAAUUCACGAUCUAUCCUCCUUGGAAGAAUUGUGCCUGAUCGAGGCCCACGACGCCGAAGUGCUCUGUCUGGAGUACUCGAAGUUCUCCAAGUUUUCGGCGGAGACGCACAGAUUGCUGGCCAGCGCUUCCAGGGAUCGGCUAAUCCACGUGUUCAGCGUCGAUCAAGGGUACAACUUCUUGCAGACCCUCGACGAUCAUAGUUCUUCCAUUACUGCCGUCAGAUUUUUCAAUCAGAGCAAUCAAAGUAACCAAAUUCAAAUGGUGUCCUGCGGUGCCGACAAGAGUAUUAUUUUUAGACAACUACAAUCGACACCUGGAGGGAUGCCUCAGUUCGCUAGGGGUCACAACGCUCAGGGAAAGACCACUUUGUACGACAUGGAGGUCGAUUCCGGGCAGAAGCAUGUUUUAACUGCCUGCCAAGAUAGAAACAUAAGGGUUUACAACGUAGCCACGGGCAAACAUAGCAAAACGUUCAAAGGAUCCGUCGGCGAGGAUGGGUCUCUCAUUAAAGUUGUUUUAGACGCGUCAGGAAUCUACGUAGCUACCUCGUGUACAGAUAAAACGCUGUGCGUGUACGAUUACUAUAGCGGUGAAUGUAUGGCAACUAUGCUCGGUCACUCGGAGUUGGUGACAGGCCUGCGUUUUAGUCCCGACUGUCGCAACCUCGUAUCCGCCAGCGGAGAUGGUUGUAUAUUCGUUUGGCGUGUUCCACGCGACAUGGUUGUAACUAUGCAGGCGCGUCUUGCUCAGCAAGCGAUGCGAGCUGGAAAGAGGCCGCCUCAAGUGAACGGCACAGGAAUCGAGAUACAAUUGGACAACGAAACGUUUGGAUCGCCACCGCCAGAGUUCCUGGAUCCAAACGCGAAUCCAACGUCGCAGAACGUAGGCGUGGAUUACAGGUUUAGCGUGGGCCAGUUACCGCUUUGGGCCAAGAAGCAGAUAAAUACGAACGCGGACGAAAGUGGGACUCUCGGUUCGAACGUUAGACCUCUAGGUGUUGACUUACCGAAGGGACGAUGGGCACAAAGGGUUCAACAAGGAGACGGUAUAACGGUAAAGUCCGUCUACGACAGCGACGAAGUUAUACCUUUCCCUCCGCCUCGUGGGGCGAUAGAUUCGGAUGGCGGUGGUGGAGGCGGUGGUUCGAAAGACAGCUCCAUCGACAGCGGUACCGAAACCAAAUGCAGCAGCGAUUAUCGUAGGGAAACGAUGAUUAUUAAAAGGGAAGAGGAUGAGACUGUAUUUCAACCUUGUCCAGAUAGUUACAGAGAACUAGCAGAAGACACAAAACAGGUAAUCGGUGGUAACGUGACCGUAACUAGAGGUAGCAAUAUCACGGAAUUGACACGUCAGUCGAGGAGUCGUCAUCAUACCGACGAUAGCAGUCUUGGCAGCUUUAAAUUUGAGGAUCAUGAGAGCACAGAACACGACGGGGAUGUCGAGGAUUACUCGGAAGGAGAGAAUGGAACGACUGGUUCAGAAAAAUCACAUCAUAGAUUGAUGUAUUAUCCUGCGCCAGAGGACACGGUGUCCAAUCAGUUCACUGUAAACGCGAUGGACGUGGAAGAGCUUCGAAGAUCUCAGAGGCGACAGAAGAAACCCAGGAACGGAGAAAGUGGUCGAACGAGUGAGAUGACCGCUUCUGGCAGUCAGGAGGACUCUGACUCUGAAGGAGGAGCAUCGACUCCGAGCGCAGAACGAAAUCCUUUAUCCAUGCUGUCGGAAGCUAGUUCGGAAGGAUUCGAUCAACUCGCUAAACAGAGCCAUCGCGAAAAGUAUCUCAAGAACGCUUUCGAAUCUCUGAGCGGUGCCGAAGAACCUACGAAUAGGAACGCGAAAACAACUAGUAUCAGUUCUCAAUUUCACGGAAGACUUAGCGGUGGUGGUGACAAUGCAGCUAAUAAUAAAGUUCGCAACGCGGCUGUGGUGAACGCGACGAAACAAGCAAGAGGCGAUGCGGAUGUCGUGAAGAAGCGCGAAGAGUUGCAAAGGCGAAUAGAAGAAACUAGGAGGAAAUUGCAAAGCGUUGGCUACAAAUCUUUGUUGAAAUCCAGUCAAAGUAUAUCGGACUUGAGCAGUCACAUACCCGAGAAACACCAUCGUUCCAACCGUCUGAGCACAGUUGGCAGUAGUGGGGGGCGAAUCUCGUCAAAAGUUUUUGACAGCGAAGAGGAGGGGGGUGGCAUGCGACGUGCCUGUUCGCUGAGUGAUCUUUCCAUCAGCCCGCCAAAUAGGUUACUGCAUGGUCCAAUACAAGUUUCAGGAAAAGUAGGUAAUAAGAACGUGAACAUUUCGACGAGAAGUGGACUAGGAAAUGCGAAUAGCGGGAAUCCGUCUCGGCACGCUUCGACGAAGAAUCAUUCUUCUCACAUGACAAGAAGCAGUAGCGUUGGUGUUUUAAAUCAGAGUGAUUCAGAAUCGGACGUUGGAGCAGGAAACAGUAGAGGAUGGAAUAAUCAGACAGGAAAUAAUCGAAUGAGCGGAUUAAUGCGACCAACGAUCAGUUCACAAAAUAAAAUAAAUCAUCAAAUAAAAUCGAACUCCUCUUCCAAUAGUAAUUUGCCGUCAGUUCUUAGAAGGAGAGGCAUGCAGGGAGCAUAUUCGAGUGUAAAUCUAAGUCAAGUGGGUAAUCAAGAAGAUUCUAGUUCAGAGGACACGUCUUCCAAUGGAAACGGUGGAAAACCAGCGCUUCCUCCGAGACCUCGAAGCAUCAGUAUUGAUCAUUCUGCUACAAACUUAAGUCUGCCUGGCACAACGGUGAGGAGAUCAGGGUCGACGACAAUUAUAACAAACGGUCGAGGUGGAAAUAGCACGAUAGGACAAAACACGAGCAGAAUGUCAACAACAAAUAGGAAUCAGUUAGAUCCUAGCCCACAAGAGCUUCCGGUCAAAGAUACCGAUCGUGCCAUCGAUGUAGCAAGUGCUGAAUUGUCGACGCAAUUGUGCAACACGAUCGCGGACGAACUAACGCGAACAGCGGACAACGUCGUGCAGUUGUACAAGCGUUUAACAAUAGAUAACGAAGACGAUCCGUCUAGAGGAACCAUCGACAGGGAUACGAUGCUAAGAGGCCUUGAAUCAUCGGUAAACGAAACGAUGCGCACCUUGCGACUGGUCGUUUCCGGUGGCGAUAAUCACAAUGACGGUUCGACAAGCGGAGACAAUGUAACGAUGAACGAGGCUGCCGCCAAGUUUCAGGAGCUACUUGCUGGCCAGGAUCAAGGAAAAGUGGUUAAUAUGAUGCAGCAGUACUCCGAGAUGCUUCUGAACUUGAUGCAGCAAAGAAUGGGAGGAACGCAAUCGAGCCAUACGUAAAAAUCCGUCCACCUUGUAUGGGUUCUCUGAAGAGAGAACUACCAGGACAUCCAGCCGCGGUGCACAGUUACUUAUCGUAUGUACCAACGUGUACAGCCUCUCUCGGGCUUUGUAUACCCUCCCUAAAAAAGAACGCUUCGAGACACGCGUAUUUCUUCAUUAUGGUCUCUCGAUGUUUCCGAAUUUAGAUACGUAACUUCAAGAUUAUGCAGAACCGAGCGUUAAAACGUAAACAGCGUGUAAUAUGCAACUCGAAUACAAUUUUUUUUAACGCGUUGCUGUUUUAAAAUUGAAGUAAGGAAUUGAUCGUUUGGAAGCGAGUAUCGAACUUCCUUUUCUCGAUCGUGAAACAUUUUGAAAAAUUACUGAAGAGAUUAGAAAUGAAUGAAGUUAUUCGAUGGAUGAUCGUGUGACGUUACAUCGUGUAUUGGACGGUGUUUGUAGCCAAAGUUAGUAGAAUAUUUACCGGCAAUUUCGUGCAAACAGGUCCACGAGAUCCGCGGAAGUUCAAACGGGCUAAUUAAAGACACGAGCGACACCUUGAACGCUCCGUUUCGAAACUUUUAAUGUCUCGUUGAGACGAAAGCAGAAAAUGAAGAAAGAUUAACUGCGUGAAACUCACUCGUAUCUUGAGGCCAUACGCCGUAAAAUGCCAAUUAACUAAAGACUCUUAGACUAGUUUCCAGGCAAAUAUAUAUUAUAUAUAUAUUUAUCGACUAUUUGCGGGAUAUUAUAUCAUAAUAUUAGUCUUCUUGUUGUGUAACCAAAGGUUGUCUCUGCCUACGGUCUAAAAACGAGCCUCCCUUCCUUCCCUAACGUUUAAAAGCUUCGACGAUUUAAAAAAAGUAUGCAGUAAAUGAUGUGUAAACUUGCUAAUAUGAAAAGUUAACUUUCAAUUAGUUUAGUUGAAAUAACAAGAAGAAAAUGGGUUUCGUAGAAACUUUGUUCGAAUCGCGUUUGUCGAAAAACACGAGCAUACGAUUUUCUAUUUUUCAAUUCCGGUAAUACCGAAUGAAACGAAAUAAAUAUACAGUGCAGUUUCGUUAUAUGGUUGUGGACAGAUUUUAAGGGCGAAAAAAAAUUGUAAACAAGGAACAUGUCUGCGGUUCUUAUAACUUUCUAAUUUGAAAAUAAAAAUUUCUAGAUUUGUAAAUGUUAACAUUUUUAAAUAUCAAAAUACUUGAAUUUCAAAAUUUGUGAUUUCAGUUCGUUUCUGUACACUGCGAUAAUAUAGCAGCAUUGUUAAAAGUCCGUAUAAAGAGAAACUCGUUAAACAACCAUAUAAAGCAACUGCAUCGUAGAAAAUUUAAUUUUAAUCGAAUCUACGACCGAUCUUUGACUUAAAAACUGUACUGCGUUUAACUAACUAUCCUACUGCAUAUUUUCUCAUAGAAAUUACAAAUAUUUUUACACGUGAAUACUGUCGAGCGAGACGAAUGGCAAAAAGUUCCAAAGCACCGUGACAAAGCUUUCGACGAAAAAAGAAAAAAACGGGCUUUACUUAGGUUUCAAAGGAAGGAAUUGUAUCGAGGAAUCAAAGUAUUACGAGAACACGUAUUAGUAACGACUUUAACGUUUAUUAUAAACACGUGCGAUUCCGUUUGUCCGUUUUUUAUAUAUAUAUAAUAUAUCGUAUAGUUACUUUCUCCAUUGUCCUCUGUUGUGUAAAGUUCUCAGAUUCUCUGUAUGUAAUUGUAUAAAACGUGCCAUUUAGGUUUAACCAGCAUCGUUCACGUAUACUGCUUGUCUAGGCGUAUGAACUAAUUUUUGUUGAUACAACGUGUAACAUACCUUUAGUAUCCUUUACGUGAAUCUAAACUGUUUCUUAUCGGUUAUGUUAUUUAUAAGACGUUAGGUUAAAAAAGAAUCUUAUGACUAACUGUAAUUCAGUAUUGCUUUACAGGAUUCGUUUCUCAACUUCUUCUCUUUUUAACUAAUAACGCGGUAUUCCGUUGCUUUUCUUGAUCACAUUUUGUUUUUUGGCGCGAUAGAUAAUUUUUACGGAGGUGACUUUUAUUCCUGAAUGAUACGGAUCAACACUUUUGCCGCUUACAGAAUUCGCGAGUAGACAGCAUCGAAACAUUAAAUCAAACUUAGGGAUUUUUCACGAAAUUUCUCGUUUCGUUUCGAAAUGAGACACGAAGUGAUAGUGAUCCACACACUUUUGGUCUCUUAAUUUCUUCUUUCCAACUAGGACACUAAAUAGCAUCGAAGCAAUUUUAGCUAUACAGAUUCAUUUAUAAAAUCAAAAAGGCAUCGAUCAUUGCUUCUAGCAUUACACAGAUGCAACGGCCACUCGUCACACAACCUAAUCAAAGCCCACUUUGACGGUGAAGGUGUUGAUCACGUUUAAUAUAUCAUGAUCGUGUAUUUUAGAAAUUUGAACGUUUUGUAUUCGAUGUCAUCAUUUUUCUAACGAUACAUCGUCGUUGUUAACCGCGAAGGCAGACGUGAAAAGGUGAAAAGAAUAUCGAAUCUCAUCUCAUAUUCAUCUCCUCGUGUUUACCUAGUUUCACGUGGUAAUGAACCAUUCCAAAUUUUCCACACACAAAUACACACACACACAUACAUACACAUACACACACUCUCUCUCUUUAUAUAUAUAUAUAUAUCUCCCUCUCUCUCUCAUGUGUAAUAACCAUCAAAGACAUUGAAAUACUUUUAACUCGAUCGCAAAAAUAAUGUUGAUUUAGUGGCUUUGUAUAUUGUUGUACUUGUUAUCUUUAAGGCGUAUUGUUAUGUAGUAUGUUGUUCGUUUCUGAAUCGUGUACAUAUUUAUUUGAAGAAUUUUUGCAGAAGACAAAACAGUUUUUGGUAAUCGUGAAAUGCCAAAUGUAAUGAUUUCGUCGCAAGAAAGAAUGUAACUUUUUAGCACUUUGUUUUGUAUAUUACGUUAAUGAUUAAUAAUAUAAUAAUUCUUACAAACUGA